CUUGCCUAAGUCAAAUAGGCAAGGCGCCGCGGGUCGCCCGGACGCCGCCGCGGGUCGUUCGGACAAUCGCGUUUUCGGAAUGCGAACCACAGAGGCGUCGAGGGAGCUCCCGCCGCUGGAUAACGGCGGGGGCGGGGACGACGGCUCGAUAGGGCGAGGGCGAGGGCGGCGCGCCUUAAAGAUGGGGCGGAUCAAGCGCAGCUGGGACAGGAGGAGGAACAAGCAGAAGGCGAAACAGGGGGAGAGUCCGGAGAGAGCAACGCGGCGGCCGUGGGGGAGGAGGAGGGGGAAGAAGACGACGGUAGCGAUAAGCUCCGUCGACAAAGAGACUAGAGCCAUGGGGGAACAAGGAGGAGGAGGAUCAGAGCUGUGUAAGAAGAGGAUACUGAUGGGACACAAGUGCAUGGCGCUCAACUCCUCCGGGAACCUUCAUUACGGCCCUGAUGGCAUUUUGCUGCCGGAGUUUCUCCCCUAUGACGACUAGCUUAGCUAUGUCCAAAUUAUUAUUGCAUGCCAUGAUCGAAAAUAGUCAUAGCGCUGUCAUAGAUGUUCGUGGUUUAUGAUCGUUUUUUAUAGAUAACAUAUAACUCCCCCAACAAAGUGAAUUGAAUCAAUUGAUCGGUGGAAG